CCACAAUCUGCCCGCUACAUUCGUGACGAUUUCUCAAGCUAGAAGAAAGCUCCCAUCCAAUAUCAUCCAGACUUUCGGAGAAGCUUAAGAAGCAGCGGAUCACGAACGAAACGCGAAGCACCCCGAACCCGCAGCAAUGGAAUACGGUCUCAGGCAGAUAUACCGAUUUGCGGUCCCCGCGGUUGGCGCCGCGGCUCUUCUCCAGGCCUCCAUAUACGACGUCCGCGGCGGCUCGAGGGCCGUCAUCUUCGACAGGAUACAGGGAGUCAAGGAGACCGUCGUCAACGAGGGCACCCACUUCCUAGUGCCGUGGCUCCAGCGCAGCAUCAUCUUCGACGUCCGCACCAAGCCCAGGAAUAUCGCUACCACGACCGGAAGCAAGGAUCUGCAAAUGGUCAGCUUAACGCUGAGGGUGCUGCAUCGCCCUGAUGUCAAGUCCCUACCCAAGAUCUACCAAAACCUCGGCACCGACUACGACGAGCGUGUGCUCCCCUCCAUCGGCAACGAAGUCCUAAAGUCCAUCGUCGCACAAUUCGACGCCGCAGAACUAAUCACGCAGCGUGAAGCCGUAUCGCAGCGGAUCCGGACGGACCUGAUGAAGCGCGCCUCCGAAUUCAACAUCGCGCUCGAGGACGUGUCCAUCACCCACAUGACCUUCGGCAAGGAAUUCACCAAGGCCGUCGAGCAGAAACAGAUCGCCCAGCAGGACGCCGAGCGCGCCCGCUUCAUCGUCGAGAAGGCCGAGCAGGAGCGCCAGGCCAACGUCAUCCGCGCCGAAGGAGAAGCUGAGAGCGCCGAGACUAUCUCCAGGGCUAUCGCCAAGGCUGGCGACGGCCUCAUCCAGAUCCGUAAGAUCGAGGCAAGCCGCGAGAUCGCUCAGACCCUGGCUUCGAACCCCAAUGUUUCCUAUCUGCCGGGCGGCAGCAAGCAAGGGGGCAGCAACGGGCAAUUCUUACUUUCGAUGGGCAAGGCAUAAGGCUGGCUAGGAGAAGAUAUCCAAAAAAUAGGGUUAUGUGUAUAUUAGCAAUGAACUGCCCGAUUCUCCACUUCGGGGUACGAAUAAUGUAUUACAACUAGUAAAAGCACGGAG